AUGCAGAAAAUAUUGGCGUUGUUUAUUUUAGUGGUAACUUUCCUGGAAGGGACAGCCCAAAGCCCGGAAAAUGUCAGCAGAUUGGACCCGGACUCGGUGCCAUCAAAUCAAACAGUCCAUCAUCCUCCCGGCUGGAUACCGUAUAUCAAUUGGUCUACUGAAGAAUUGAGGAGAUUAUUCGAAAGUUUGGAUAGUGAUGGAGACCACGAAAUUGAUGCUUUUGAGGCUUCGAAGGAGCUCGGAAAACGCGCUCUGAUGAUGAAUGCUGAAGAUAUUUGGACCCAACAAUUUCUGCCAACCGAUGCCGUCCAGCCUCGCGCUAUAAUGCUGAAAGCACUGCUAAUAUUCUACGCUGUAGUCGCCCUGUUGAUAAAAGCAGAAACGCUACGCGUGCAAUUCGAAGAAUUCGACGCAAACCGUGACGGCUUCAUCACCGUUGGUGAAAUGCAGCAGGGUAUGAAAAAGCGCGGUGAUAGCGGCGGAAUUGGGUUUUGGUAUACCAUGCUGGCGGUGGCCGAUACGCACGUUCCGGAUGGAAGGCUUGAUUGGGACGAGUACCAGAAAUUGGGGCCC